GGUCGGUCCGCCACUGUGGGACUGCGUGUGGAGUUGCGGCCACCUGUGCUGGCUGAGCGGUUUCGUCGCUGCAGAAAUGUUGCGCUAAGCGCGAGUGGUGUGUGCACGCUGCUGGCACCCUCGAAAGCAGUCCGGAUUUCUACUCCUCUGACAGCGUCACACAAUCUCCGUAAAGAUGCAGAAGCCGCACGGGCUGGUGGCGGACCUGUGGCCGCUGAUCCGCAUGGUGCAGUACUCGGGCCACUGGAUGCUCGAGUACAGCGGCGGCCUCACGGCCCUGCGCGCCAUCUACAGCUCGGUCGUGUCCGUCCUGGUCGUGACGCAGUUCGCGCUCAUGGCCGUCAACCUCAUCCAGCGGUCCGGCGACGUCAACGAGCUGGCGGCCAACACCAUCACGGUGCUCUUCUUCCUGCACCCCAUCACCAAGUUCGCCUACUUCGCGGUGCGCUCCAAGGCCUUCUACCGCACGCUCGCCACAUGGAACCAGUCCAACAACCACCCGCUGUUCGCAGAGUCACAGGCGCGCUUCCACCAGCUGUCGGUGGUGCGCAUGCGCCGGCUCGUGAUGUACGUGGUGUCCGUGACGGCGCUCAGCGUCGUGUCCUGGACCUCCAUCACCUUCAUGGGCGACUCCACGCGGGAGGUGCCCGACCCCGACAACGCCAACGAGACCAUCACCGAGGAGGUCCCCAGGCUCAUGAUCAGCACCUGGUACCCGUUCGACGCCUCUUCUGGUAUGGGCUACAUGCUCGCCUUCAUAUACCAGCUGUACUGGCUGACGGCGACGCUGAUGCACUCCAACCUGAUGGACGUGAUGUUCUGCUGCUGGCUCAUCUACGCAUGUGAGCAGCUGGUGCACCUCAAGGAGAUCAUGAAGCCGCUCAUGGAGCUCAGCGCCACGCUGGACACCGUGGUGCCGCACACCAGCGAGCUCUUCCGAGCCGCCUCCACACUGCCCACCAACGAGCCACUCUACGGGAUGGGGCCAGACAUGAGCAACGGCGUGACGGACGGCAUGACGAUCCGCGGCAUCUACAGCAGCCAGCGCGACUUCUCGGGCUUCAACCGGCGCUCGGCGGCGCUGUCGACGGUGCGCGAGGCCGACUCGGGCGGCGCCGUCACCUCCGCCGGCGGCAUCGGGCCCAACGGGCUCAGCAAGCGCCAGGAGAUGCUCGUGCGCUCCGCCAUCAAGUACUGGGUCGAGCGCCACAAGCACGUGGUCAGGUUCGUGGGCAACAUCGGGGACGCAUACGGCGCGGCGCUGCUGCUGCACAUGUUGACCACCACCGUGACGCUCACGCUGCUCGCCUACCAGGCCACCAAGAUCGACUCGGUGGACGUGUACGCAGCCUCUGUACUGGGCUACCUGUUCUACACCCUGGGGCAGGUCUUCCUCUUCUGCGUCUUUGGAAACAGGCUCAUUGAAGAGAGCUCCUCGGUGAUGGAGGCGGCGUACAGCUGCCACUGGUACGACGGCUCGGAGGAGGCCAAGACGUUCGUGCAGAUCGUGUGCCAGCAGUGUCAAAAGUCGCUCAUGAUCUCCGGCGCCAAGUUCUUCACCGUCUCGCUCGAUCUCUUCGCUUCGGUGCUGGGAGCCGUGGUGACGUACUUCAUGGUGCUGGUGCAGCUCAAGUAGGCGGCACCUGACCUCUGCUGUCAUCUGUGGUGCCGCCAGACAGCUGCAGGUGCAGGUGAGGAAGGAAGUGGAGGUGGGGAUCCACGAGCUGGAGUUGGGACCAAACACUGCGGGCCAGUUGCAGAUGCGAUGUGGUCCCGCGCCAGUUUCAAGUGUCGCUCGCAGAGCACUGCAAGUGGGACAUCGCUGCAAGGAAAAGCUGUGUUUCACGUCGUUACAGGCUUGUAUGUACUACCAGAACUAAUCUGGGUGCUCAGAAAUUACUUCUGUCCCAAGACCAGCACAAAAUCUGCGUAAAUAUUAUCAAAGUUACAGCACUUAUUCGCAAAUCCUCUUGUAUUAAUGCCCUUCCUGUAUUUAUCUUAGCGGAGAAAUAAUCAAGGCAGUGAGUGUGUAGCACGGAGGCCAUUUCUUAGGAAAAGUAAGCCUAUAAAAAUGUAAUAUAUCUACCCAUAUUUAAAAGUAGAAACGAUCUAAGUGGUAUAUGAAGCAUCGAUUAAGCAGUGAAGAUAGAGCAGGUGCGUUCAAAGGCUGGAACUCACAACAAUUAACGAUUUUCCAAUCUCAAGUCUAAGCAUAUAAUUGGGCUAGUUUUGAGUUAUUGUCCGACUCUGAUAGAAAAAAAUUAAAAAUUUUGAGACCAGAGGUAGGAAAACUUCAUUACGUCGGCAGAAAUAUCUACUGGCCAACGUGAUUUUGUUGUAAGAAUACCGUAGUAGCUGGAGAUAGGAGCUAGCUCACGCAAUUUACUCCAGGUCUUUGCAGUCGGUAUUAUGACAACAAUUUCUCGCCCUAACAUUACUUAUUGAAGCAUCUCACUGGUAUGUGUGAUGUGUGAAUGUGUACACCGUUCCCAUUUCGGUGCGCCCUCUUACAGCCUCCGCAGCUUCAACCCUAAUCGUGCCUUUAUCGUUUCGACUGGCCUUGAAGCGCCUCUUCAAGAGAAUGAGGAUAAUGGUUCACACAUUUUGAAGGAGUAAAAGAUGUCAUUUAAAACGUGUUUGUGAAAACCAUAUGAUCCACUCAGGCCAAACACAAACACACAAUGGAACAUGGAGUUCUCCACGCAUUUAUACACAUUAACAGCAACUACUUAAAAAUCAUGCUAGGGUAAGUGGCCCAGACGUUUUGCGGCUAGAUAUCAGUCAGAGAGCCAGCUCCUCAGUAGCUCUGUUUACAUAGCUAUCUUUGUGUCAGCUCUAGUUCAGUGAGUCUACGUAAUAAAUUACUGCAUUAGGCUAUAUGUUUUUUGAUGCAACAGUAAACAAAUGUUUUUCAGUAGUCGACAUAACACAACAAUAUUAAAUAGGAAACACUUUCGAGAUUUUCUGAAAAUAUUAUUAAGAUUAUAUUUCUGCUUCUUAGGCCGUUGUCAGACAACAAUUGAAAAUUGCAACCACAAAUAAAGUGACGCGCGCGAUAUUACAAAUAUAUUGCUAAUUUAGAUACAUAAGUCUGUCGUUUGUAGUACAGUACCUUACUAAAUUGUCAGCUGUAGCGAAGGCGAUAGACAGCUACGCUAGUAGUGUGUACAAAUAAGCAAAUUAAAUUAGCCGACUGAUGAUAGUGAAACUUCAACGAAUCGUGUAUGAGUGAAAAAGAAGAAAAAAGAAGAAAAUUGUGUUUCCUCGCAUCAGAAUCUUUUUCAAAAACUAUUUAUUGUAAUCUAAAAUUUGCGCAACUGAAACCUAAUUUAGGAGGUGGGAAGGAGGGGUCUUUUUGUCAUUUAAAACUAAGUAUAGGUUGGCUACCUGCUUCAUUCAUUUAUUUCAAGUAAAUCCACUAGUGUCACCUUUCUGCUUCUCUUAACAAUAUAUUAAACGUCUCCAUCUACUUCUUAUAGCUAGUUUUCUGAAGCCCUGUAAAAGCUGUGUUUGUGUUUUACAUUCUCCACCUUCUUUCAUAUUUUGGUAAUAUAAUUGCUACAGCUCUUCCUCACUGCCGUCAUAUACUUUUCUACAGAAUCUGCAGGUGAUAUUAUACACGCCAUUCCGUAACAAAUGUAUGAUUUUGUGUUUACUAGUCAAUAAUUUUUUUGUUAUGUUAUUGUACAACUUUCGUGUACAGAGCGUAACUGACGAUGGCCUAAGAAGCAAAAAGUCGCAUCGUAAUAAAAUACUAUUCACAGAACACCAGGGAAGCGUUUCUUAUAGAUAUUAGGACUUUUGAUUUAAACUAAUAACAAAACCGUAUGUUACAAAACUGUUUCCAAUCCUCAUGGGAAAUAUCAGUUCCGCAUUUUCUACCAAAAAUAUUAUUACCAUUUGCACAAAAGGUUUUGGAAGAAUUUUCGAACCGUCUUCAGGCUUAGGAGACCACUAGUUCCUGGUACUGAUGUUUAUAAGUCCCUGUAACAAGAAAGUGCUUAGAGCCGGCGGUCGCAGGGAAUUGUGCUUCUAUGGCGUGAUUUAUUUAGAGGAGUGCUAGCAGGAUAAUACAUACUUAACAUAUUACGGACAUGUGUACCUCGUGCUCGUUCAAUGUGAAACUUCAAGCUGUCUCUCUCUACAUCCGGACGGUCAGUUACUCAGAGCGAGCUUUAUGAAACAUGGGUCACACUUAAAAAACGCGUAUCAGAAUUCAGCUGCAGUUUCAGUCUCGUCUUAGAGGUGUAAAAGACUUAAAUUUGCUUAUUUCACGGACACAAACCAGCGUCCUACAAGAAUAAAUAAAAAUUUAUGUUUGCCUGCAAUAUAUGUGAAUAACGAGUAUUCAAUACAGAGCAAAAAACUUACGUUGCGAAGAAGGUGCUAGUUUUUCGGAUUUCAGAGCUCCAUUCAUAAUUUAUUGCUUCACCAAUAAUCUCUGAUAAUUUUCGGAGAGACAGAAGUGGGAACAAAAAGUCGGUGCAUUAACGAAUCCCACGCAUAAUCUGACUAUAAUUCUCACAACCUCAGUGGAACGUGUAUCACGUGGUAGCCUUCUAGAUGCAAACAGGCAGCCCCAACAGAUAUUUGGACAAUAGCAGGCGUCAGCCAUCUUCACGGUAUUAACGCUGACGACGAAGCAAAGCACCUUUCUCUAAUGUAUUUGACGGUUAAGUUACUUGGAAGUGAUAUCAUUUUUUGUCAGAAGUACGUACAAGUAAUGUUGUGUAUUUCGGUAUUAAUUCUAAAUUAAUGACAUAGUGCUAUGGAGUUGGAAUGGCAAACUUAAUAUUCGAACGAAACUCCAAAUUAAACAAUUGUAAGAUGAUGCACAUAAACGUUGAAUGAAUUUUUGAUCAGUACCGCGGACUUUCACUUUUUUUCUGUAUCAUAUGGAUAUCUGAGAAGUGAUUAAUUUUGUAUUGUUGUCAGUAAACAACGCUGGCUAAUGUCUCAUGCACUUUUCGAGAAGAAAUUGAGUUCUGUACAAGCGUUAUAAUUUUCGUUUCUAAAUGCAGUUGAAUAUGAAAAUGUCUGUUACGUUCUGAUAUCUCCAUUUUUGUAUCGUGCAACAUAAUUUCAUAUAAAAAUAUACAAUAUAGAAAUUUAUAUAGCUACUCACACUGUUCAAAGCAACGUCUGGCCUAUUCAAACUGUAGCAUAAUUCCUGAAAUCACACUGUAGAGGAAAGCUUCCGUUAGUUUCAAGCUAAGGAGCAGGCAUUAUGACGUGCUCAGAUGAGGCAAACGUCAGAAAAAAAUAUCCUGCAACAUGGAUAGGUCCGGGUUUGAGUCCUGGUCCCGCUCGCUGUAGCAAUCCGUCAUGCUGGAUGGUAAAAUAAUUUUCGUUAUAUCAAAAUGUAACGUGGCCAACGUUUCCUAAACUAUGUCGAGUGACUCUCACAAUACUGAUAAACAGACAAUACACUGACAUACUCGUGGGAAUGGUGUAACAUUCAAGCUCAUGCAGGUUCAGUCAAAAAAAGUCAACUACAAUCUAAAAUCCUUAUUUUCCUACAUAAUCAUUCACACUUGUGACAACAGUCAUUUCGUUACAGUGACUAGUUUUGGGCAAUCACGUCCAUUUUCAGUCCACGGCCUUAGACGUAAGUGUAAACUUAAAGAUCCCCUGGUGUAUAUUUGAGUAACCACAUACGCAUUAUUCUUCACCAUAAUUCGGUUGCUCACCAUAUUUAGUUACUCACAUGUACGUUAGUGGGAAAUGUAUUAUUACACUUACGUCUGAGGCCAGGAUUGAAAAUGAUCGUCAUAGUCCAGAACUAGAUACCACAAGGAAAUUAUUCUUAUUUGAACUGUGACGUAUAUAAAGGUAAAUACAGUUUUGAUAACCUAAGACGUUGUUGCUGUCCCACGCCAGUAUGUUGGGACUUCAUAAGUCCAAAUGUAGCCUAUUAUAAAGCAAUUAACAAAUCAGCUUCCUGUAAUAUGAGUGAGCAGCCUGUAUAAAUUGUUUCAAAGAUGUUUUUCACUUUUAUUUGUAGAAGUCCCCAGCCCCCCCAGCCACAAGCGGAAAAUUACGUUCUAUAAAUAACCAGCAAAUAAUUUUUCUCAAGAAAUCAAAAACACUCGUGAAGUGCGAAGUACAGCACGGAUAGGAUGUGUAAGAGUAAACUAUUCUGGUGACUGACAACACCUUCCAGUUUCGUUCCUUAUUAUUUUUCAGUGAUAAAUAACAGGUAGACAAUCUAUCAGCCGGAAUUCCACCCAACAACAGCUCCGAUUUGAUGGCAAACUCCUUAACAUCGGUGGAUGUGAGUUCUACACAUUACACGGAAAUAUUAUGCAGCCACUAUACACAAGAACAGAGAGCCUACGUUUAGAGAAGUUGGCGGCAGAACAGUAUCAUUUACUUUGGUAAGCAUGCGUCAGACCCCCCCGCCCCCCC